AUGUCACCUCUGGAAUGUUCUGAGUGUUUUGGUGACCAACUUCUGCAUAGGACCUAUACCUGGCACCUAACAUUGCACUCGAGGCCACAUUUUACAAGAAAAGGAGAUGCCAGAUCUGAAAGCCUAGAGAUUCCAAUCAAUGUGGUUCUACCUCAGCGGGGCACAACUGAGCCCUUCUUGAGGCUCCACAACCUGUACCCGAGCCCACGCUGCGCCAGGCAGGCCGCCCUGCCCAGGCUGAGCCGCAGGGUGGCCAGCCAGCACUCGUACCCGCUGAAUCGCUUCUCCUCUGUGCCCUUGGACCCCAUGGAGCGGCCCACCUCCCAGGCGGACCUAGAGCUAGACUACAACCCUCCGCGCGUGCAGCUCAGCGACGAGAUGUUUGUGUUUCAGGACGGGCGGUGGGUCAAUGAGAACUGCCGCUUACAGUCACCCUACUUCUCCCCCUCGUCCUCCUUCCACCACAAGCUGCACCACAAGCGGCUGGCCAAGGAGUAUCUGUUGUUGGAUGAGAACAGGUCCCUGCGGGAGGAGAACCGCGCCCUGCGCGAGGAGAACAAGACCCUUCGCAAGGAGAACAAGAUCCUGCAGGUUUUCUGGGAGGAGCAAAAGCUCCCGCCGGGCCGAGAGGACAGCAGGGCCUCAUCACCGCUGCUACACAAGGACAGCACGGCCUUGGAGGCGGCGAAGAAAGACCCGGCCGCACAUGGGCAUCGCAGCAAGGAGAACAGCACGCUCCAGCUCCUCCGGGAGGAGAACCGGGCCCUGCAGCAGCUGCUGGAGCAGAGGAAGGCCUACUGGGCCCCGGCCGAGGAGAAGACGGGCCCCGCGGAGGAAAGAAACCCGACCCCCUCGCCCCAUGAGGAGCCACGCAGUUCCGGGCUUCUGACGGACCCAGGCCCAGGCCUCCCCUCCGUGUUCGAGGACUCAAAAGGACCCUCGAGCCCGCAGGAGGACUCCAAGAUGCUCCGUGCCCUGCGGGAGAUGGUUACCAGCCUGGCUGGGACCUCCCGGGAUGAGGAGAGCCAGGCGGUCCCGGGCCCUGGCCUGGCGGAUGGCAGCCAGCCCCUGGAGCUGCUGAGGGAGAUGAGCCGGGUGCUGCAGGCCCUGCGGGACGAGAACCAGAGCCUGCAGGCCCUCCGCGAAGAGAACCGGCUCCUGCAGGAGGAGAACAGGGCCCUGCAUGCGCUGCGCGACGAACAUCGGCUCUUCCAAGAGGAGAACAAGGCUCUGUGGGAGAACAACAAGCUGAAGCUGCAGCAGAAGCUGGUCAUUGACACCGUGACCGAAGUCACCGCCCGCAUGGAGAUGCUCAUUGAGGAGCUCUACGCCUUCAUGCCAGCCAAGAACAAGGACCCCAAGAAGCCUCCCAGGGUCUGA